AUGGCCGACACAAUCGAACAGCUCAAGGACAAGCUCCAAGCCCUCGAGGCCGACUCCGGCGGCAACAAGGACCGCAAGAAGUUGGAAGUAGCGCUGGAGCUCUGUGCAGCGCUCGCGGCGCUCGACAUGAAGCGCGGCGUCGUGCAGUACGCCGAUUUGGCCAUCGACCUGGACGGCGACUGCGUCCCGGCUCAUUGUUUUCGAGCUGAAGCAUUACAAGCCAUGGCCCAGCAGCGGCCUUCAUCUAAAGCCGCAUCAAAGGCGGCGAAGGCCUGCGCCAGGGGCCUCGCGGCCUGCGACCGCUGCGUCGCGCUCGAGGGGCUCUCGGGCUACCGAGCCCGGCUCGAGAGUAUGCGGAGCGCCCUGCCGCCGCCGCCUCCCAAAAAGGCGUCGACGAAGUCCAGCGCACGACCGCCACAGAAGCUCGACAACGCCGUCGUGGACCUGUCGGAAGAGAGGCCUAGAAAAGUCGCGGUGACGACGACCGACGUGCGGAGUGCCGGCGGCGCGCCCCUGAGGCAGUCGGACUGGAACAAGAAGGACACGUGGGAGGAGCGCGACGUGACGGCCUGGGCCGUGGAACGCUUCGCGGAGCUGCUGAAGGAGGCGACCACGAGGGUCGGCCCGGAUCUGCACGUGCGCUUCUGGGAUUUGAGGCGGGUCAAGGGCGACGCGCAAGUUGUGGUGUUCCAGCGCAAGGUCAAGUUCCUCUUCGACUUUUCGUGUGCCGAGCUCGAAUGGGUCGCCGAGGAUGAGGAAGGCAGUGCGCUCUUCAAGGGCAAGGCGACGCUGCGGGACUGCGCGUCCGGGUGUGGUGCAGACGAUUUGGAGCUGACUACAACGUUUUCUCCGAAGACUGAGCCGCACGAGGCGGUCCGCGCGUUCCUGAAGAAGGACGCGUGUCGAGCGGUGGCGGCGGUGGCGUCCCAAUUCGAGGCCGAGUUUGUGGCAUUAACUGGAGAUGGCGUCGGGCUCGCCGUCCAGUUCCCCAAGUCGAAGCGAGUGCUGACGCCCGAGGCGGAGGCCGACGAGCGCCGCGUCGCGGCUGAGGAGUACGAGCGCCAGGUUGGCCAACAGCGGCUCAAGAGCGAUCUGCAACGGCGGAACCCGAACCUUAAGGUGGAGUUUUGA